AUGGCCACAUUAAAUAAAAUUAAAAUAUGUGGAAUACGAAGUUUCGGUUGCGAAGAAGAAGAUAUGCAAACUGUUCAUUUUCAAAAACCUUUAACGUUAAUAUUAGGAGAAAACGGAUGUGGUAAAUCGACGAUUAUAGAAUGUUUAAGGUACGUGACAGCUCAAAAAGAACCUGCUGGAAAAGGUACUUUUGUGUAUGAUCCAAGUCUAACGAAUAGAAACACCGUUAAAGGAUUUGUUAAACUUAGAAUGUGGGAUGUCAAAGGUGAUGUUGUCGAUUUAUGUAGACAAGUUCAAGCUACAAGAACUAAAAAGUCACUAACGACUAAAUCGUUAGAUAAUGUCAUCACUAGAACCGACAGAGAAACCAAAGAGAAAGUCAGUAUUAGUAAUCGUUGUGCAGAUUUUACAUUUGAAAUAUCGAGAAUUUUCGGAGUGUCAAGAUCCAUUUUAGAAAAUGUUAUUUUUUGCACCCAGGAUGAUUCACAUUGGCCUUUGGAUACUGAUCAAAAACUCAAAGAGAAAUUUGAUCAAAUUUUCGACUCUGAUAAAUAUAAUAAAUGUGUUAAUAAAGUUAGAGAAAAAAGGAAAAAACUCAAGGAUGUUUUAAAAAGUACAGAAAUAGAAUUGAAAUAUUUAAAAGAAAAUAAAAACAUUGCUGUCGAAAAGAGGAGGGUUAUGGAAAAGACAAAAUUACAGGUAGAAUCUUGUAAGGAAGAAAUUUUUGAAUUAAAUUCUGCACUUGUAGAUGUAGAAAAUAAACUUAAGGAAGUUAAUGAAAAAGAAUUAACAAUUAGUAAAAGUCAUGCGAAUAAAGAAAUGAAAAAAGCUGAAUUAAAAGGAAAUGAAAAUAUACUAACAGAAUUAAAAAGUAGAAUAAAAAAUUUUUACAAUGGAACCGAUGAAGAAUUAGAAAAAGAAAUCAAAGAUUUUAAUAAACAAUUGUCGUUUAAACAAAAAGAAAUUAAUGAUGAAGAAAAUAAUGUUAAAAAUUAUACGGCUGAAGAAAUGAGUUUAACGAAUAAAUUAAUGAAUGAACAGGGAAUGUUGGGACAAUUACUCAAAGAAGAUGAAUUAAAUAAUGAAAGAAUUGAAAGGAGGAACAAAGAGUUGGUUAAAUUGGCUUCCACUUUGGAAAUAACAGUUGAUUCCGAAAUCGACGAUAAUUCGAUCCAGGAAUUGAUGAAUGGCGUCAAUAAGAAAAUUAAAAAAGAAGAAGAAAAUUUUAAAAAAACAAAACAAUGGCUUGAAGAGGAAGAUCAAAAUUCACAAAUUAAAAUAGAUAAAAUCCGUGAAGAAUAUUUAACGACACAAUCGGAAAUGAGUGCCAAAGAGAAAAAUUUAAAAAAUAUCAAAACGCAAAGAGAGAAAAUAAAAUUAGAACUUUACGAGAUGGACGAAUCUGCUGGUAAACUUAAACGACUCGAAUCGAAAUUAUCCGAAGUCAAUUUGGAUAUUGAAAAUUUAGAAAAAACUACCGACGUCGAAACACUUAGAGAAAACAUAAAAAAAUAUUCAAAUGAAAGAAAUAAAUUAGAAGAUGAUCUAUCGGAAAUGGAAGACAAAGUAAAAGAAUUGCAAAAACAUUCUUCCCUGGCAACAGAAUUGGAAGUACAAUUAGAAUUGAAAUCAAAUAAAGAUUCACAAUAUCGAAGGUUGAUUAAUAAACACGAAGACAAUUUGCAAACGAUAUUAGGAGAAGUUCCAAAAUCAAAAUUCAAAAUGGCUUUGCAAAAUCAUUUUUUAAACGCGCGACAAAAAGUAAAAGAGGUUAGCGCGUUGCGUUCGAAAAAAGAAAAAGAAUUGACGGAACUCGAAAUGAAAAGAAAACAUUUAAAAGACAAACUCAAAGCGAAAGAAGAGGUAUUGAGAACAAACGAAGAAGACAUUUACGAAAUAUGCGGAAGCGAUGAUUUCGAUGAAACCGUUUCUCGUUUACAAAAGGAAAUAGAAGAAUUACAAGAUAUAAAAGGAACUUUGUCGUCUUCGGAAUUUAUGUACCAACGUUAUAUUCGAGCAUUAGAAAAAACGGAACCUUGUUGUCCUCUGUGUCACCGUGAUUUCACACGAGAAAGUGACGCACGGUCUCUUGUAGAAGAAUUAAAUUCUAAAAUCCGACAAGUUCCGAGACGUUUGCAAGAAAACAAAACUCAAUUAGAAGAAAAGCAAACAAAAUACAAUAAAUUAUUGACGCUCAAAUCGAAAAACGAUGAAAUUUCAAGUUUGAAAGAUGGCGAAAUACCGGAAAUAAAAUCGGAAUUGGAUGCCGUUAGUUCGUCAUUGAAAAAAAAACAAAAAGAAUUGUCGGAUGUGGGAAACGAAAUAAGUUCUUCUCAAGCGGAUGAAGCCAUAUGCCUUUCUUUACAGGACGACAUGGUUUUAUUAGAUGAAUUACAAUCCGAACGGGAUUACAUGCAAAAACAAAUAAAUUCGUUGCAAGAUCGUUUAGGGAAUAAAGGGAUCGAUAAAAACACUUUGAAAAAUGUUCAGGAUGAAUGCGAUCGGAAAAGGCAAAAUUUAAAAUUGGCAAGAGUUAAAGCGGAUGAAUUUCAAACGGAAUUAAAUAAUUUCAAUGAUAAAAUACAAGGAAAGCAAACAUUGAGAAAUUCACUAAUAGAAGAAAUAAAUAAGAUUCAGGGAAGCAUCGGGAAAAAAACGGGAUUAAUCGAAAGAGUGCAAGAUUUAGAAGGGGAAGAAGCCAUUUUGAUCGCAGAACUCGAAGAUUUAAAAAAAAAUUCAAACGUGAGGAAAAAAAAUUUAGACGAAUUAUUAUCGGAAAGAAAAUUGGAAAAGAAUAAAAAUAUGGAAAUCAUCGAAAGGAUAACGAAUAAAAUAAAUAAAUUGAUGAAAGAUUUUGACGAAAUCAACUGUCAAAAUAAAAUUAUCGAAGAUCACGGAAAAAAGGGGAUAAGCGAAAAAAUCCAAGUCGUUCAAGAGACGAUGAAAAAAUUUGAAAUGGAAAUAAGGGAAAUUAAAAAUAAGAAAGAAGACUCGGGGAAAAAAAUAAAUAACAUAAAAAAAGGUAUCACGAAUCAGGAACUCGUGGAAAGGGAAUUGAACGAUAAUUUAAGGUACCGUCGAAAAACUAUCGAAACGGAAAAUUUAAGAAAAGAAGUUGAAGAUAUGGAAAAAAAAUUCGGUAACGCAAAUUUCGAUGGAUUGUUAAGGGAAAAAAGAAAUUUAAAAUCGAAAGAAGAUGACAUUGGGAAAAGAAAAGCUCAAAUUCAAGGACGAAUGUCGGAAAUGGAAAAUCAAAUGAAAAUGAUUGAAAAAGAAUUACUCGGUAAAACGUUGAGAAACAUUGACGAAAAUUACAAUAAUGAAAAUUUAAAAUUCGAAGUUAUAAAAGCGAUCGGAAACGAUUUGGAACGUUAUGCGACAACUAUGGAAUAUGCAAUGAUGACUUAUCACAAGCAACAAAUGACGAGAGUCAACGCAUUCAUAAGAGAAUACUGGAGGAAAAUAUAUCAGGGAAACGACAUCGAUUACAUCGAAAUACAAACGGAUAAUAUCGAAAGCACGGAAAAAAGAAGAAAUUACAAUUACAAAGUCGUGCAAAUAAAAUCGAACGUUCAUUUGGAAAUGAGAAAUAGAUGUUCUGCGGGGCAAAAGAUGUUGGCAUCUCUGAUAAUUCGUUUGGCUUUGGCGGAAACGUUCAGUAGCAAUUGCGGUAUAUUAACAUUGGAUGAACCCACGACGAAUCUCGAUCGUAAAAACAUAAAAAAUUUAGCGAGAACUUUAAACGAAGUUUUACUCGCGAAACAAAAUUCGUCGAAACCGAAUUUUCAACUCAUCGUUAUCACACACGACGAAGAAUUCUUACAAGAGCUCAUGGAAUUAGACAUGGUUAACGAAUACGUCAAAGUCGAUAGGAAUAACAGGUGCGAGAGAAAGAAAAUUUACUGGAAAAUUCCAAAAGAAUCAUUUCAAAAUGUAAUUUAUUUAUUUAUUUAUUUUUUUUUUAAUCGCAAAACAGGGGAAAAACAAAAAUAA